AGACCCAGGAUUCAGAGAGGCUCUUGUUCCAUUGGCCUCCCCCAUUAGGUUCUCCAGAUUGGGGCAGGACUCAGUCCAAUAGAGGGCCUCCAGGAACCACAAACCAAAAAUCACCUCUCCAUUGUAAAAAGAGAAAGGUGGAUUUCUACUUCUAUACUUUUUUAUACUAUUCUUUUCAAAUACAUUUUUUAAAGACUGCUCUUCUGUUUUUUUGUUGUUGCAUGGAAUAUAUGCCUUUUUUUCACCUUCAAAUUGGACUUUUACAUUUUUAAAUUGGAUUUUGUUAUUUCUUCUCUGGGAGUGCAGUUCUGGUCUCUCACUGGCUCUUCCCAGACUCUCUGUGUUCUAAUGGAACGAGCACUCAUCAUGGCUCUCAUUUAGCCACACACACCAGUGAUGGCUGGUUAUUGUGCAGUAGUUUUGGGCUAGUGCCCUUCAGUGGGUAGAACCCAAAUCGAGAGCUGGGGUGUUUUGAGCGCGUUUUUAAUCAGCCUUCAUACUGUCGCUGACAAAAUAUUCCUAUAAACACACAACGUCUCUCAGUGCCACCUUUUUUUUUUCAUUGUCCCUGACAUUUAACAGUAGAAAAAAAUGGAAAUGGAUGACCACAGAAACUCUAGCUUUCUUUGCCAGUCCCACCACCCACGAUGGCAACCACAGUCUUCAGCAGGAAAGCAACGACGGAAACCAACCUCAAAGCGAAAAGCAAGAAGCCCUGAUGGCCCAGCGAGCUCCGUGUCCUCGACCCGAGUGCUACGCAGCCACAACUGGUGGGGGAACUGUUUGCUCCUUCCUCUAGUCAUGCUAUCAUACUUGCCCUGUGAGGCCUGGGGCACCACCUUCAAAAUUGCCAUCGUAGGACCGUGGGCGUGCGACCCUAUGUACUCCAAAGCCCUGCCAGACCUGGCUGCCCGAUUAGCCAUUAGCCGCGUCAACAAAGACCCCGACCUUAACAAAGGCUACUGGUAUGAUUACACACUAAUUAAUGAGGAUUGCUCGAGCUCGAGAGGCCUGGCACGCUUUGCCGAGCUGGAGGGUUACGGUUCGGCCUUUCUUGGACCGGCAAACCCUGGCUACUGCACUGCUGCUGCACUGCUGGCAAAGAAUUGGAACAAGGGCAUCCUGUCCUGGGCUUGCCUGAAGGCUGACAUGAAUGAGGAAAUGUAUCCCACUUUUCUGCGGCCGCUCCCGUUGUCUUCUCGUGUGCUCUUCUCAGUGCUCCGCUUUUUCCGCUGGGCACACGUUGGGAUUAUAACAGCGGAGAACGACAUGUGGGAAGCAACUGGGCAUGAACUUGCAGCAUCCCUGCGUGCUCUUGGUCUGCCAGUUGGCACGGUUGUUACCAUGGAAGCGGACAAGGAGGGACCAAGACGAGCCCUAAAGGCGAUACGAGAGACAGAUCGUGUGAGGGUUGUCAUCAUGUGCAUGCACUCUGUUCUGAUUGGUGGAGAGGAACAGUAUCAGUUGCUAACCACAGCAAUGGACAUGAGAUUGAUUGACAGAGGAUACAUCUUCAUUCCAUAUGACACACUGCUGUAUUCAUUGCCAUAUAAAAAUGUGAACUAUCCAGUCCUGGCCAAUGACACCAAACUGCGACGAGCAUACGAUGGGGUCUUAACAAUAACCAUGGACCAAGGGGAAGAAAACUUCUAUGAGGCCUUUAAUGCAGCACAGGGAUCCUAUGACAUCCGCAGCAGCACACCAGCUGAAGAGGUUUCUCCAUUUUUUGGGACCAUCUAUAACAUGAUCUAUUAUACAGCCAUGGCUGCAGAGCAGAGUCGUGCUGUGAGUGGAGGGCGCAGGGUAUCUGGUGAUACACUGGCUAAAAACGACGGUGGAUUUGAAUUCAAUGGCUUUAACCAACGGAUAUCGGCAGGCACUGAUGGAGAAGGAAUGCAGGCACGCUACGCUGUCCUGGAUUCAGAUGGCUCUGGCUCCAGCCUAUACCGCACGCACGCCCUGGAAGCACCACACACUUAUGGAAAAUAUGGAGGGUUGAAGUACUUGGGGAAAUCGAUUCAUUUUGCUGGAGCAUCUCCGAGAAGUGACUCAAACUGCUGGUUCAGCCCUUAUAUCGCUUGUAGUGGAGGCCUAGAUGGAGUGACCCUUUUAUUCCUCCUCUUGUUCAUUAUGUUGGUAGGUGGAGCAGGUGUCCUUUUUCUCCAAAUAAGGAAACAGGGUCAGGUGGGGAUAUUAGGAGCAUUUGGUGGAGGAGGUGUCGGAGGCCCCUCUAAGAUAGUGCUGACACUGGAUGACUUGGUCUUCAUCAAUACCACACUCAGCAGGAGGAAGCUGAAUGAGGACAGUAUGUUGAAGAGUCAACUAGAUGUUAAAACCCCAGGCCACUCAGUUUCUGGUCGCAGUUACAUUACGUCAACUCCUGAAACGUCCAACGUUGCUGUAUUUGAGGGUGACUGGGUCUGGCUGAAGAAAUGUCCCUAUGGAGAUUCUGUUACAGAAAUCAAUGAUAGCACACAGGCCACCUUUACCAAGCUGAGAGACAUGCGUCAUGAGAAUCUGAACUUGUUUCUGGGUCUGUUCUUGGAUACUGGCAUAUUUGGCAUUGUUACGGAGCACUGCACCAGAGGCAGCCUGGAAGACCUGCUCAACAACGAGGAAAUGAGACUGGACUGGAUGUUCAAAUCCUCUCUCCUCCUUGAUCUUAUCAGGGGAAUGAAGUACUUGCAUAAUCGUGGGGUUAUUCAUGGACGCCUGAAGUCAAGAAACUGUGUGGUGGAUGGUCGGUUUGUUCUGAAGGUUACAGAUUAUGGCUUCAACGAAAUCAUCCACUGUCAAAGCAUCAUCUUGGAGGACAGCAAACCGGAGGGUACGUGUAAUACAUGUGGAAAGUGCUAUGAGAACCAGGAUAUAGAGGCUCCUUUCCUCUUCUUUGCUUUUAUGUAUUCGGUCUUUCUAAUUCACUCCGAUCUCUGUAUCUUUCUUACAGAUCAGCUUUGGACGGCUCCAGAGAUCCUGCGGAAUCCUAAUCUGAAGAGGAAGGGGGCGUAUUCAGCAGAUGUAUACAGCUUUGCUAUUAUCAUGCAGGAAGUGAUCUCUCGCUGCGCACCCUUCUGCAUGUUGGAUAUGCCUCCUGAAGAAAUCAUAGAUAAGGUGCGCUCUCCUCCACCGCUGUGCAGACCAACUGUGUCUGUGGAUGAAGCUCCGCUGGAGGUGAUUCAGAUCAUGAAGCAGGCCUGGACUGAGGAGCCUGACAAGAGACCCACGUUUGAGGAGAUCUUCAGACAGUUUAAGAAUGUGAACAAGGGAAAGAAGACAAAUAUCAUUGACUCAAUGUUAAGGAUGCUGGAGCAGUACUCCUCAAACCUGGAGGACCUGAUCCGAGAGAGGACCGAAGAACUAGAGGUAGAGCGUCAGAAAACUGAUGCUCUCUUAGCUCAGAUGCUGCCCAAGUCUGUGGCCUUGGCAUUAAAGACAGGGAAGCCAGUAAAACCAGAGCACUUUUCAGACGUCACACUGUAUUUCAGUGAUAUUGUGGGUUUCACCACCAUCUCUGCUCUGAGUGAACCUAUCGAAGUGGUCGAUCUGCUUAAUGACCUCUACACACUCUUCGAUGGGAUCAUAGCAAUCCACGAUGUCUACAAGGUAGAGACUAUUGGUGAUGCAUACAUGGUGGCAUCAGGAGUUCCAAACCGUAAUGGUAACCGUCACGCAGCAGAGAUGGCCAACAUGUCUCUGGACAUUCUGCACUGUAUCGGAACAUUUCAAAUGAGGCACAUGCCAGACGUCAAAGUCAAAAUCCGCAUUGGACUCCAUUCUGGUCCAGUGGUGGCGGGUGUAGUUGGGUUGAAGAUGCCUCGGUACUGUCUGUUCGGGGACACAGUAAACACAGCCUCCCGAAUGGAAUCCACAGGAUUGCCUUACAGAAUUCAUGUGAACCAGAGUACUGUUGAUGUCCUGAACAGCCUCAAACUUGGCUAUAAAAUAGAUAGUAGGGGCAGGACAGAGCUCAAGGGUAAAGGUGUAGAGGAAACAUAUUGGUUGGUUGGGAGGGAUGGAUUUAACAAGGCACUACCUAUACCGCCAGACCUUACUCCUGGGGCGAGCAACCAUGGUAUCAGCUUGGAUGAGAUUCCGACAGACAGGCGGCAGAAAUUCCUGGAUCGACAGAAGAAGAUGGGGUAGAGAGGUUGUGAUGCUCAUGUUUCCGUACCAGCCUAUCGAAUUUAGGAGAAAGUGGGGCAAGGGGAUGAAAGGAGUGGAUUGAGGUGUUCAAAAACCCCUCGACUACCCUUUUUCUACUUGAAUCAUUCCUUAAAAGAGUGGAAAACCUCACUAGGACAUCUGACAAGAAGCACAAACACUUGAACUCUGAACACCAGUCCAUCAAAACCAUCAGCUCAACAAGAUGGCAUGUACCAACUGCUAUGGAUGGUCACAGAGAACUCUUUUUUUUAACUGUAUAGAGUUUAUAUUGCAGUUCACCCAAUAUUAAAUGAAAGACACUGCUGAGAUCACAGCUCAUCAAGACAUGAACAUGAGAACAGCAACACAUGCCUCAUUCAUCUCUGCAGUUAUGUGAUCCCUCCAGUUAAUCCACUCCUACAAAGAGAUGUCUUUUCUUUAUUUCAUUGUUUAUAAAACAAUGCUAAAACAACAAA